GCGCCGCGAUGGGCGCCGGGGCGGGAGCGGGGGCGCCUGGCGGCAGCUCGGGCGGCGGCGGCCAGGGCCCGGACGGCAGCCACGGCGGCCAGGCUGGCGAAGCGGCCCCCGAGGGCGCGCGCCCGCCCCGCGGCCGGGGGCCCGCCGCGGGCGGGCCAGGCGCCAUCAGCGACCCGUUUGUGCGCCUGCUGGCAGAGCUGACGGCGGCCGAGGUCAGCGAGAGCGGAGGCGGGGGUCCCUUCGGCACGCGCCCCGGCAGCAUCAUGCUGCCCUUUGCCACCGAGAUGUCGAGCGCGAGAGCGCAGUCUUCUGGGAUGCCGCACUUCGUGGUCAUCUCGUUGCCGGGCAUGGAGUCCGUUGGCGCGCUGGCCAUGCCAGCUAUUGCUGGGCGCGACGAGGACGUCUUCAGAUUCGGGCCGCUCUCCAUGCUCGGCGCAGGCGCGGGCGCCUCUCAGCUCGACGCGGUGAUGGCCCAGGCCAUGCACGUGAUGGGAGGAGCGAAGCAUGAACGAGGAGCAGCCACCUCAAGUGCAUCCAGCACAGGAGGUGCUGCGCGAUGCUCUGCCUCGGGUCGUCGUCACGAAGGAGGACCUUGGAUCAGCUCGAUGCCACGAACUCCAAGUGCGCAGUCUGUCUCGAGGACGUCCGCACGGGCGCGCGGGACACAGAGGAAUGUUUCUGCGGGCACCUCUGUCUGCACGGCGUGCAUCGCGAGUGGCUCCGAAACGGCCAACACGUGUCCCAUCUGCCGCUUCGAGCUUGCCACGGACAGCCAGGAGUACGAGGCUGGCCGGAGGCAGCGCAUGGAGGGACGCGUCGCCCGGCUGCGGAUCGGAGAGCUGAGGAUGAUGCGCAUCCCCGAGCUGAAGCAGCUCAUGAAAGCGCUAGGCGUCUCUGGCGAAGGCUGCUUCGAGAAGGCCGACCUCAUUCGCAAGCUCGGCAACACGCCCAAGGUCGAGGUUGCAGAGGACCGCAUGGACAUUCGCUACACAGAGGGUGAGCUGCGUUGUCUGGAGCAUGCCCCAGCUCCGGUGCCUGCUGGAGGCGGCACGCCCUGUCGAAGGGCAGCGGCGAGAUGGACGAGUCCCAGGAGCGCAACGAGGAGCCGUCGAGAAGUUUGUAGCCGCGGGGUGGAUCAAGAUCGACCUGCCCUCCAAAGGGCGAGGAGGUUCCUUUAG